AAUUUAAAAUUAUGAUUUUUUAUUUUUAUUGAUUUAUGACAUUGUGUUUUAAAAAAUGGAAGCGUGAUUCCAAAACGGAAUCGUAAGCUUCCAACGUGCUUUUAAAAAAAAAAAAUUUCGAAACGUUUUGGAAUCGAGAUUCCGUAAACUUCUACAAAGUUCCGAUUUUGAUUCCGAUUUCGAAGCGGGAAGCAGACGUCCGAUAAAACUUCCGUGCAACCUAGAUUAUAUAUACACACCGAAAUAGACUUCUUGUUGUAGUGAUAAAGUAAAUUCAUUGCCAGCGGCUCAUUUUCCGAAAGAAAAAAAGAUCAAAUUUGGCUCACUCAGUUACAAAAAAAAAAAAAAGAGAAGAAGAUAAAAUUUGCCUCCUACUCAGCAUGCAUAAUCUAUAUAAAUAUAUCCACCUGGUCACUACUACUCAAACAAGUUAUUAAAGAAGAGAUAGAUAAAAGAAGCAAGAGAGCGAGACAGAAAGAGAAUAGAGACUACGUGAGAGAAGAGACGUUUGAUUAUUAAGUUAUUAACAUAUAGUUAAUUAACUUACUGAUCAUGGGUUAUAUCGAUGGAAAAUGGGCGCCGGUGAUCAUGAUUACCGUGAUUAACACAAUUAAUGGGAUGGUUAACGCUUUAAUUAAGAAAGUUCUUGAUGGAGGCAUUGAUCAUAUGGUUAUUGCUACCUAUCGUUUGGGUAUUUCUACCUUUUUCCUUCUUCCGAUCGCUUAUUUUUGGGAACGGAAAACAAGGCCGAAGCUAACCGCAAGCGUCUCGUUUCAGCUUUUCGUCAGUGCCCUUUUUGGGGCGAGUUUGAUGCAAUAUUUCUAUUUGCUUGGCCUCCGCUACACUUCUGCCACCUUGGGAUCAGCUUUCUGGGGAACAUUGCCUGCCAUCACUUUCAUUAUGGCUUUAAUAUUUCGACUCGACAAGCUAAAUAUGAAAACAAAAGCAGGAUACGGCGUCGUUCUUGGAGCUAUGAUAAGCUUAGCAGGAGCUUUAACUCUUACGAUUUACCAAGGCGUUCCAUUAUCAAACUCUCAUGAACAUGCAACGAUUUUAAACAUCCACAAUGGACAUGAGAACUGGAUCAAAGGCUGUUUUCUUUUAUUCAUUGGAGUUAUACUUUUCAGUUCCUGGAUGCUUAUACAAGCUAAUAUCAACUCGAGCUAUCCGUGUCCAUACUCGAGUACUGUUAUUUUAUCGGUCUUUGGUACACUUCAGUGUGCUCUUCUUAGCUUGAUCAAGACUAGACAUGUAGAAGAUUGGAUCCUCAGAGAAAAACUCACCAUCAUCACCGUCAUUAUAGCGGGUGUGGUUGCACAAGGAAUGUGUACAGUGGGAAUAUCAUGGUGUAUCAAACAACGUGGACCUGUCUUUACAUCAGCAUUUAGUCCUGUCACACUUAUGUCCGCAACUGUGUUCGAUUUCUUGAUACUUCAUCGUAUGAUUUAUUUGGGGAGCGUUAUUGGAUCUGUGGUGGUUGUUAUCGGUUUAUACAUAUUCUUAUGGAGUAAGAGUAAACAGAUAGUUGAGUGUAAGAUCGUGAAGUUGCCUACAAGUACGGAGAUAGAAGAAAAGGAAGAGGAACACCAUAACAAAAUAGGACGUCAUUUGGUUAUCCCCAUGACUCCUUGAUCUACUACCGUAAACCUUCUUUUUCAUCCAGAAAGACCAACAUGUCCUACGAAUCACCUAUGAAGAAGAAAAGAAAAGUGAUCAGUUGAUUGUUAUUGGAAUAUAUUAUCAACUUUGGAUUUUACUUGCUUGUUGGAAUAUAUUAUCAACUCUAUGCUUGUUGCAAACUUUUCCAAACUUAUGAGUUAAACCUCAUACUUGUAUU